UUACGAUUGCAUCAUCUUAUUGUAACACUGUCGAAAAUGGAGUUACACACCAACUCCUUAAGGAAGUAUAUAGGAGAACUUGUUGUAAAUGAUAGGGAAAAUCAUAACGUAUAUGAUCAUGAAUGGGCUCGCUUAAGAUCGUUUGAAAAGUUCCCCAGAACGUCACUUAGUGCCAUAAGAUUAUCACAGAAAGGAUUCUAUUAUACGGGUGUUGGAACUGAGGCCCAGUGUUUUAGCUGUGGAUUUUCCAACUCCAAGUGGCCAGCGGGUAUAAGUAUAGAAGACAUUCACAGGAAAGGGUCACCCGACUGUCCAUUUAUUAUGGGGGCCGCAUCUUCUAACGUGCCCAUUCAUGGUGGUGCCGACAGCAAGCCGGAAGGUGAGAAUUGUUCAAGUACAGAUAGUCGCACAUCGUUUGUUAAUAAUCACAACAACAGUGCAGCAGGGCAUCAUCUCCCUAACUCAAAUGCACGAUUUGGUCAAUACGACAGCUCGAUGGAAACUGAUUGCCCAUCUAUACAAGAGCGCAGAAGUUCGAAAAACCAUACUGCACGUGAUACCAACACGACCGAUUCAUUCUAUGAAGUGGAAAAAGCUUUGCAAAACGAAAACGAGGAGCUGCGACGUCAGGUUUCAUGCAAGAUCUGUCUGGAUUUGGACGCCAGCGUCGUCUUCUUGCCUUGCGGUCACAUGGUCACGUGUGAGGAGUGCGCGCCGGCCAUGCGGAAGUGUCCGAUAUGCCGGUCCAACAUUAGGGGGACGGUCAAGGCGUUUUUGCCUUGAAAAUAUGAAACGUUUUCGGGGACAAGUUUCCAAGUAUCUUAUGUCAGAAAGCCAAUGUCUAGUUGACAUUCAUGGACACAUAACAAACUAAUAAAACAUUGAAAGGGGCAAGACAUCAGAUGGUCAAAACAUCGGCAAAUACUGAAUUCCCUCAAAAAACAUAGUCUAGUUACUAGGAGGCCGAUAAUACAUCGGCUUACUAAGGUUGAAAAAAUAAACGCAACAACGGUCCUGUCUCAUCUGUGUUUCCCUAUUAUGGUUUCCCAGUUUAAAUCAUAUCUGUUUAUGAGUACAGAUAAAUAUGCUGACGCUAUUUUUAAACUUAAUGGGAUUUACGUGGUAGAUAACCAUAAAAUUUCGAAGUGGAAAAAAGCAAAAACUGCGAAUAAUGCAUGCGUCGUAAGCGAUGUGAUUCAUCAGUAAGUAAGAUUCAAAGCGUUGUAUACAACAAUGUCGAUUUUAUGUAAGUAUUUGACAAAAAAAUGCAAUUGUUUCAUCUUGUGUCUACCCAUAAACCAAUAAAACUUCAGCUAAAUAAACAAUCUCAUGGAUACCCGUUGAUACAGUACAAGUAGUCUAAAAUUAGCAAUUCACGUGUUAUUUUAUAUAUUUCAGUAUUCUAGCGACAUAACUGUUUAAACCCGAACUCAUGUGAUAUACUAUAUUGAAACUUGACUUAUAUUAAACUUCUUUCGUGACAUUUAUUUGUUACGUAUAUGAGCAUAUAUAUAUUCCGAAACAAACCGAACCUUUAAGCGUACAUGUGCUUUUUAAUGUUGAAUUGACUUGACCUGUCACCAUUUAUAACGAUGGGCGAACUCGGGUUUUAUGUAUGUUCAAAUGUUUAGAUGGGAGCGUUAUAAUGAAGCAACUCAUGGCAUUCAAAUUAUUGCAUGAUAUAAGAUGUCCGUUCCGAUGAAUACAUUGAAGUCAAAGAGGCACUAUGAAGGUUUACACUUGAUAGAUGCACAAAAGAAACGUUUUAAUUUUAAUGCAUUAUUAUGCUUUACUCAGUCGACUUUAAUAACUAGGAAAAUAUAAAAACAUAUGAUUUGUGUACAGAUUAAAAGUGUUAGCCUUCAUAAAUUUUACAAAUUCCACAGCUAAAGAGCGCCAAAAUAUCGCAAAUACUGUUUUUAUUCGUACAAAAGAAAAUCCUUUUACAAUGAAAUAUUAUCCGAAUGUCACUGUUAUAUAUCAGAUGAGACUUGGGUGAAAAUAAUGAUGGGGAAUUAGUUGAUAAUCCUACUCAAAACCAUGGUUGCUGACAAAUCAUACCGCUGCAUUUUCAUGCAUAACGGUAGGCGAAAGUUCGCUAAGUGGCUGAUAGCAAUGGCGCCAAGAAGCGAGGGAAAUAUGUCAAAUGGCGGGCCGAACCACAGCUGACAGUACCAUACAUACACUUGUAAUAAAUGCUUAGACACCUUGAAAGGGAGAUGACUACAAAAUGUAUUCUUAAUAGUAUAUCAUCAAAGUACGCAAGAAUUGUCUCCCUGGAAUAUGUGUACCGUGACGCAACAUUGCCUUACAAGUUUACAUUUAUUAUUCAAUAGACUUUAUGAAAAUGGUACAUAUCUGCCCGGGAGUGAAAGCUUUAUUGUACCUAUUUUCAGGAAUGCCCAAAGGAAGACCCAAAUAACUUCAGAGCCUGGUCACCAAUAUGUUGUAUCAGCAAUUUUCAAACUAUUUGUUGUCAUCGCGAUGAAGUGCUCUCUUAUAAUAGGGUAGCGCUCUGGCAUAAACUGUUAGAAUAACAUCGAUGGAAAGUUUUCUAAAGUCAUUUUCGAUAUGUAUGGUAAGGCCGAGUCUUGUGUAAAAGUUUGCAAUGCUUUGCCAGCAUCUUUCUCUUGUCAUUUAGGUGUGCGUCAGUGAAAAAAUUGUCUCCGCUUUUUUUCUCCUUUUCAUUAACGAUCUUGUACAGAGGACUUUGAAGGUUGUUGUUUUUUUCAAAUUAUUUUUGUUGUUUUAUGCAGAGUACACAGUAGUUCUUGCUGAAUCUGGAAAGGACCUGCAACUGGCUCUUAAUGCCAUCAUCAGUGCUUGCUGUGGUUUAUGGUAGUUCAAGGUGAAUGUUACAAAAACUAAAGUUGCUGGGUUUUCUAGAGGCAAGUUGAGGAAUAAGCCUUCUUUUUAUUACUAAGGGAAUAAUGUUAAGGUUGUGGAUUAUUUCAGCUACCUUGGAAUUUGUUUUAUUACAAUUGGAAAUGUUCAAAAGCAAAAUCUCAUAUUUGUAGUCAAUACUUAUGUGAAAGACUACAGAAACAAGCUCAGUAGCAAAAAGUUUAAACAUAAACCCGGUUUAAUGGCACUGGGUAAACGCCAAAGACAUAUAACACAAAAACAAAUCACAAACAAGAAACAUGAAAGAACAGCACAAAACUCCACAAACAGCUCAAGCCAGAAAAGCUAUAUUUUCUCUUCUGACUGAAAAACGUGCUAUGGGAUUACCUAUUAGUUAUAUUGAUAUUCAGAUCCACCUUUUCGAUAAAAUGGUUUGUCCAAUUAUACUAUAUGCAUCGGAAAUCUGGGGUGUGAAAACAAUACUGAUCUUUCAGCGGAGUCUCUAUUUUGAAAUGCAAGCCAAGCACGCCAGACAUCAUGUUGUAUGGCGAGUUAGGUUUUUUAUUGAUGUUUUAUUGAUGUUGCAUAUGACACAUGGUAGAUAGUGUUCAUUCAAGCUUAAAUAAACCAUGAAAACUUGUCAGCCCUUCGCCCAUUCAUAGACGGUGUAUUUAUAGAUCAUAUAUUAAUGUUAAAUACUAUUGAAUGAACGUGCAACUGUAAUAAAAUGCCUUAAAUAUGGUAAAAGAUAGGUACGUAAAUAAUAAUAGCAUGUAAAUGAAAAGUCUUCAGUAGGGAAUAUCCACAUCAGUAUAACCAGUUUAUCUGUAAUUACAUGUGUACUUGCUAAAAAAUACAAUCGCAAUAUAUCGUGAAUCGGGUCUAGCGUAUCGCAAAUUAUAUAUCACGCUACGUUUUUCCGAACCGAUUGAGAUUGUGCCGUUGGGUACACUUUGGGUUUUUUAACACCAUAUCAUUUUCUUAACCUCAAGAGAAAAUUUGCAUUCAAACAUCAAAAGCAGUUGCCAAUAUAUUUAUAUUCAAUUUUACUUUGAAUGUUUCACUAAUCGACGAAUUUAAACUCUAAUUCGACAGGGCGACUAUUGUAGUGACCUCCGAACAUGGGGAUACAUGUAUUGUUCAGCUAUUGAACGCGUACGUGUUAAGUUUUGUAAGCGUAUUGCCUGUUUAAAUACAGACGGCAUAACGGUGGCAGCUGACCUCCUCUAAAUAUGUUUAAAUGACAAGUUGUGUUAAAUGUUGGCCUAAACUUAACACGAUGCAAUCGCACAGAUAUCCAAAACAUUGUUAUAUAAUGCUGCGAAUUCUUGACUAUCAUAUGAAAAUGGCAUGGGCUAGUGGUGCAAAAUGCUAUUCUUUGAACAUGGUUUUGGAAUUUUACUUCUUUCUUCUUGGUGUUUAAAACGCGACAGAAAGCCUAUUCGUCUCAAAAUAUGCAUGCAUUCAUUAAUAGCUUUUCAAAUUGUUUUCACUAUUAAAAAAAUAAAACUGUGUUUAAUCUCGAAACAUAUUCAUUAAUUGACCCGCCUUAUAGGCUGAAAAAUACGUUUGUUAACAUUCGUGUCUCAAUUCAUAACAUUUGAUUUAGAAUUAUUGAUAUUUUAAAUUAUUCCCGUUUUAUUUUUAAACAAAUAUAAAAACAAAUUGAAUAAUAAUACUGUAGACGCUCUUUCUAUUGCUAUGUUUAAGAUCAGUUUAUUUGCGUCGAUAAAAUGGUGUUAAAUGUAUUAACAAGACAUGUUUUGCCAUAAAGGCAUUUACGAAGAGGAAAGACUCGUAAAUAACCAAUAUUCUGAUAAUGGUCACACAUAAGCGAUAAAUGUUUGCGUUCAUUGGAAAAAUAGACAUUAUAUUAGGAGCAUUUGUGUUUGUAUGAAUGUUCUGUAUGUUAUCACUAUGAUAUGUAUAUUUACAAUUCUAUCUUUAAUAAUAUAUCCCAUUUACUAUGCUAUAGUAUUUGUUCCUUGUUUUGCAAUACAUAUAUGUUAUGUUAUGAUAGGUUAUGUUGUGUUAUGUUAUGCAAUUCUAGGUUAUGUUUGCUAUGUUAAUAUAAAUCAACAAGAUUUAUUAUAAAUCUUGCAUUGUCAGUGGAAACAUGACUGUGUAGUUUUGGGUUUUGGCAAGGUUAAGAUUUUGUGCAUAUUGUCACUUGAAACAAAAGCGUUCUAAAAGAACGACAGGUAAUGAUAUUUUGAUAGUUUCCAUCAUUUAUGAGACAAUUGAAAUAGCCGCUUGUACGUCAAGAUAAUAGGCUAUAUAUCUUGUUUGUCAACUGUACGCACUGCGAGAUUCCUCCGAUUUCAACUUUAUUUCUUCCUUUAUUGUUUUUUCAUUUUCUUUUGUAUUUUAAGAAAAUGCUGUAUAUUUUAUUUAUAACUUUAAUGUCACAGCUUAACGGACUUUUAAAAAUGAGUUAAUUAUAAAUUUGUAAAUAUAUUAUUUGUUUUAAAAGUAUGGCCAUGAAGUCACCACAACAUUAUGCAUAUAAAUAAAAAAAUAAAAAAAAAUAUUAGCCCCAUUGGAGCCAGAAGUUGAUCGAAAGUACGUUAUACAAGUUCAUGAUCUGGUUUGUUUGUUUUUCAAAUGAACACCGUUUAUCUUUACCUAAAUCUUAUAUGAUUAACAUUGAUGUUAUUUAUAGCAUUGCACCGAUUAGGUAAGGUAUUAUUAAUAUAGACAUGCACUCAAAUGACAUGUUUUAUAUG